ACUUCUGGAACUUUCCGUCCCCUACAAAUACAGCCUUCCCAUCUCGACCUCCUUCACCAUUACAUUGAAGCAGAAAAACAAUUCCGAAAGCAAUUCAGAAUCCGAAAGUUAGGCCAUUUACAUCAUAAUGAGUACUCCGUACUUCGGAAGUUAUCGGAGCAUGCCUUCUUCUUCUCCCCACUCGAAGCCAAGGGUCAGGGGAAUUCCUGUGGCCACACCAAAACGGAAGGCAUCUCCGAAGGUGGUUUCAAUUCCAGUUCAUUUUGUUGGGUCGGAGCGCAGUAGAUCCGACUCCGCUCUCAAGAUCCAGAAAGUUCUGAGAGGGUUCCUGGUGAGGAAGAACUUGAAGAAGAUCGCCGCUAUAAGCAAUGAGGUCAACCAAAUCGAGAGGAAGAUUUCGGAUCAUGAGACGAUCGAUUUGAUUCGCAGGAAUUCCUGCGAGAGGUUAAGGAUUAACGAGACUCUCAUGAAUUUGCUUCUUAGGUUGGACUCUGUUACCAGCGUCGACUUUGGUGUUAGAGGCUGCAGGAAGUCUGUAAUAAAAAAGGCCAUUGCGUUGCAGGAAAAGUUGGAUUUAAUCGCUGCCGCUGUUGAUUCUCAUGCUCAAGGUCAAGGUAGAGUUGAGGUUGCCGCAUAUACAAGUGCUGUGUCACAGGAGGUGAACUCGGAUUUGCAUGACAACGCAGGGGACUUCGAUCGGGCGGAAGGAAUUUCUGAGUUUCAAUCUCCCGUGAAAGAAGACGAUGAGAUUAUGGCUGAUGAUAGCGCUUCGGAGCUGCCUAACAAUGUGGAGGCGAUGCCCGUUUCUGUUCCUUCUGAAGGUCUACCCGAUUUUGAGGUCAUACCAGAAAAUCCAGGACAGGAGGCUUCAACGCUUACUAUCAACCCGCCUCUAGAAAGUGAGACGAAAACGGAAGCGAAGGAAAAUGGAUUGAAGGAAACUUCCAAGGAUCAAUUAUUAUACAAUGACCGCGCGGGAACAUGUCUCGCCGGCGAGCAGCCUGGGACUUGCGCAAUUGCCGAAACAGCUUCGGUUAAAGAAGAUAAGGAAAUAAAUUCAUCACUGGAAGUUGACGGGAGGAAUAUGGUUGCACGUGAAUCUGAAGCUGCAGUAAGAGAUAAUGGGAGAAAAGAGGAACAAAAUAGAGACAGGGAGCUAUUACAAAGAAUGAUUGAGGACAACGAAAGGAUGAUGGGGCUGAUGGCAGAACUGUUCAAGAGGGAUGAAAUUCAAACAAGAAUCCUGAGUUCGCUGUCUGAGAGAGUUAAGAAGCUGGAGAAAGCAUAUGCCUGGGAGAAGUUGAGGAAGAAAAAGAGGAAUGCUGCUUCGGCUACUGAUGGUUCCGACAUAUUGCCAGAUAUCAAGAAAUGUGAUAAGAAACAGUGAACCUUCGAAAGAAAUUUGCUUGGUAUCUUUUGGUCUUGUUUUGAAUUCUGACAUUCAUUUGGUUUUGUUCGUAUUACCGUUUCCAGUAAAUUGGCCUACCUGUGAAUUUUGUUAAUGAAUAGGAACUUUUUGAAAGCUUUUU